GCCACUAGCUGGGCAGCCUUCCUGGGAAGAUGCAGCUGCUCCUACUGCUGCUGGCCUUUCUCCUGCCCUCCAGGGCUGGGGCAGGGGAGAUCAUCGGAGGCCGAGAGGCCAGGCCCCAUUCCCACCCCUACAUGGCAUUUCUUCUGACCCAAACACCAAAAGGUCCGAGCGCGUGUGGGGGGUUCCUGGUGCGAGAAGACUUUGUGAUGACAGCAGCUCACUGCUUGGGCAGCCCUAUACAUGUCAUCCUGGGGGCUCACAACAUCAGGAGACGGGAAAGGACCCAGCAGAGGAUAUCUGUGCUCAGAGCCAUCGCCCAUCCUGGUUAUAAUGACGAUAACAACCUGAAUGACAUCAUGUUACUGCAGCUGAAAAAUAGAGCCAGGCGGAAUCGAUUCGUGAGGCCAGUGGCUCUGCCUCGGAGACAGGCCAUGCUGCGUGCUGGGAGCAUGUGCACUGUGGCCGGCUGGGGCCAGGUCAGCCUAAACAGGGGAACAGACACACUCCGGGAUGUACGGCUGCGCGUGCAGCGAGAUCAGCAGUGCAGCGGUCGCUUCAGGUUCUACACUGGCCGAACGCAGAUCUGUGUAGGGGACCAGAGGGAGAAGAAGUCUGCCUUCGUGGGAGACUCCGGAGGCCCUCUGGUGUGUAACAAUGUGGCCCAGGGUAUUGUCUCCUAUGGAAGUGGCAUCGGGACGCCUCCAGCAGUCUUCACCAGAAUUACAAGUUUCCUUCCCUGGAUAAAUAGAACAAUGAGGCGCUUCCAGCAGCAGGGGAUCAAACUGAGACGUCCCUCCUGUGACUGACUCUUCUGUGGGAUUGACGCCAGCUCCAGCGUGGUUCCCAGAGCCAUAAUAAAUGUCCAUGCUUAGAGUGUAUGUAA